UCCCAAUAACUCAUGAUGCCAUCUACAACAUGGCCGCUUCCAUACCCAAUAUGGCCACCGUGCGUCGCUGUGCUGAUGACGCUUCUGGCCGGCGGGAAGAUGGCGGAGGGCGAGCGGGUGGCUGAGACCGGAGGAGAAGAAGCGGUCAUCGACCAUAGUGCUGCGGAGGAGCUAAAGGAGCGAGCUAACGAGUACUUCCGUGUAAAGGACUAUGAUAAUGCAGUGCAGUACUACACACGGGCGAUUGAACUCAGCCCCAACACAGCCAUAUACUAUGGGAAUCGAAGCCUUGCUUACCUGCGCACAGAAUGUUAUGGAUACGCAUUGGACGACGCAACGCGUGCCAUCCAGCUGGAUACCAAGUACACCAAGGGUUAUUAUCGGAGGGCAGCCAGCAAUAUGGCUUUGGGGAAACUGAAAGCCGCUCUGAAGGACUAUGAGACGGUAGUGAAGGUCCGCCCCAAUGACAAAGAUGCACAGAUGAAGUUUCAUGAGUGUUGCAAGUUGGUUCGGCAGAAGGCAUUUGAGCGAGCGAUCGCCUGUGAUAAGCCGACCCGUUCAGUAGUGGACUCGCUGAACAUAGAAGGAAUGACCAUUGAAGAUGAGUACUCUGGCCCCCAACUACAGGAUGGCAAAGUCACCCUGGAUUUUAUGGUAGAGUUAAUGAAAUUUUAUAAAGACCAGAAGAAGCUUCACCGGAAAUAUGUCUACCAGAUCCUGGUUCAGGUGAAGGAGAUCCUGUCCCAGCUGCCCAGCCUGGUAGAGAUCACUCUGGACAAGUCUGAAAAAGUGACCGUUUGUGGUGACACUCAUGGACAGUUUUAUGACCUAAUGAACAUUUUCCAUCUCAAUGGUCUCCCGUCGGAGAAUAAUCCUUAUAUAUUUAAUGGUGACUUUGUAGAUCGCGGCUCAUUCUCAGUGGAAGUUAUUGUGACCCUAUGUGGCUUCAAACUUCUCUUUCCAUCGCACUUUCAUCUACUAAGAGGUAACCAUGAAACAGACACUAUGAACCAAAUGUACGGGUUUGAGGGGGAAGUGAAGGCCAAGUACUCAGCUCAGAUGUUCCAGCUGUUUAGUGAGGUCUUCCAGUGGCUGCCGCUAGUGAUGUGCAUUAACAAGCGUGUGCUGAUCAUGCACGGAGGCCUCUUCUCAGAAGACGGGGUGACGUUGGAUCAGAUACGUAGCAUAGAACGGAAUCGCCAGCCGCCGGACUCCGGUCCCAUGUGCGACUUGCUCUGGUCGGAUCCUCAGCCACAGGAUGGACGCUCCACAAGUAAGCGAGGUGUGAGCUGUCAGUUUGGCCCAGAUGUUUCUCGUCGCUUCCUGGAGGAGAACGGUCUUGAUUACAUCAUUCGCAGUCACGAAGUGAAGCCAGAAGGCUAUGAGGUGGCUCAUAACGGGCUCUGCGUUACGGUAUUCUCUGCGCCGAACUACUGUGAUCAGAUGGGCAAUAAAGGUGCAUAUAUCCAUCUCAGCGGCUCUGACCUGAAACCAUUAUUCCAUCAGUUUGAGGCAGUGCCACAUCCCAACGUAAAGCCGAUGCUCUACGCCAAUUCUCUGCUGCAGAUGGGAAUGAUGUGAAGAUGCUGAUGGCAAGGCUGCUGCCUAACAGUUGCCUCUCAUGGGGGCUUCCUGAUUUAUUAGCCCCAGCUCCUUUCUAGAGCCACACGGGUAACAGAGGAAAGAGAGGAUUAUAUUUUAAUACUGUAAUAGACCCAGAGACUUGAGUGAGGGAGAGUGGGGGUGCGGUGUAAGGUGUGUGUGUGUGACACGAGUGGGUGGUGCGCGUGUGUAAAGCAGUGUAUGGGGGUGUAAAGCAGCUAGGAACGCACAAGAACCAUAUCCCCUCCUCCUUCCUGUAUGCCCAGUGUGUACCCUUCAUCCUGUGUGUACAUUUACCCUCUUACGCUGUCUGUAAUUAAAGCUUCUAAUAAAGAUUCACAACACCCACCAGAUGGCGACGCACGUCAAUAGAUCACAUGAUUAUGGUGUCGUGUAUGGGUAAAUUGUCUCCUCUUGGGUUAAUGGGCAGUGAACAUUCCAAACUGACAGAUCCAAGUAGCCACUUAUGGGCAAACAUAAUACCCAUAGUAUGACCUUUACCUGACCUAGAGAUAUGGGAAGGUUCCUACAGGGCAUGUAUUGAUAUGCACUUCCUGGGCUGUUCUCUGUGUUUAAUGCAACAUUAGACUCAAAAUUUAGUUCUCCUUAAAAUGUUUUAAUUAUGCAAAAUAAAAUUAUAAACUUUGUAACAUA